AUGUCGUCGUCACGAUUGAAGGCUUUCUCCAAAGAAGCGAAGGCGAAAAACACGAAGAAGGAACCGCAACUCGACAGCGCCGAUGACUACUUGGAGGCUGCCAGCGAACAUGAAGAUGCGAUGGGAAAACACCGCGCCGGUGAUGCCGCCAAGGCAUUGCGCUUCGCUCACCGGGCACUAGAAGUGUACUCUAAUGGGGUAGCCAAGUUCCCUCAGAACUUCGAUCUCGCCUACAACAAGGCAUGGCUAGAGCUCGAGGUUGCAACACAUGAUAGUCUUGCCGAGGCUCUUGAUGUUCCCGUGAUCGGGCUGCUUCGCCAGGCCUUGGAGUCUCACCGUAUUGCCUUGGGCUUGAACUCUGAUAAUGCAGAUGCGCUCUUCAACAUGGCACAGGUGCUGACGGCUAUCGCGGAAAAGAUCGCAGAAGACGACGGCGCUGACGACUCAGAAGCGCUCCAAUGCCUAGAACAAGCCAUUGAUUAUCAGAAUCAAUGCUUCCAGAUCCAGGAGAGGGAGUUCACGAAGAACCGCCGUGAAUUCGAACAAGCGAUGCACGGAAGUGCCGAUAAUGACCCAGACAACGACGGUGGUGCACGCCGGACCCAGAAUACUGCCUACCCGGCCUCAGCAAACCAGGACGAAGAAGAAGACCAAUGGGUCAGCGUUGUGGAACCUGUUACUGCCAACAGCCUUUUGGACACUGUUAUCGCCCAAAUCAACACCCUGGCCACUCUUUGCAGUAUCAUCAACUCACAGCUAGCCGCUACACCAGGCCUUGCGCCCCCUAUAUCGAUGUCUUGGGUCGAGUCCUUCUCCACGAAGCUGCUGGCCGGCGUGUUGCCGAACCUUAUUGACGAAAACAAGGAGGACUUGGGACCACGGCUUUCGGAGAUGGCCCUCACAAAAGCAGUUUUCGUGGGCAACUUCCUCGAGCUCUCCUUUCGGUCCGGCGCUAACGAUGUUGAUACCUAUCAAAAGGAGCUUGACAGCGCCUUCAAACAGCCCGAAGUUGACGCCACAUCUGAGGACGUCCUUCUCGCCUGGGCUCGUGCCCUGAUAGCUUUCAAUAGUGCCCUUGCGGACUCGGACUCUCAGCAAGCGAACUCUGAUGCAGGCGGCGUGCCUCAACAAACCCAAGCUUCGCUUCGCUGGUCUGUCCUCAUUGACGCGCAAUCUCGGUUGACAGCGACUGCGAAGCUUCCGCAUAUAUCUGCCUCCAAAGACCAUGACGAUACUCGUACCCUGACCACGACUCAUCUUCUGAGAGGCGACAUCUCAUUACUGCUCCAAGCGCUCUCAUACCCACCCACGGCUCAUAUACAAGCGCGCAAUACGGCGGGGCAACUGCUUAAGAAUGCAGAGGUUUACUAUCGGAAUGCAGGAAAGCUGUUCGGUACCCUUGGCUCGGAUGCUAGAGAAGAGAAGGCAGUUUGCGAGCUGAAGGGAGGCGUUGUGGCCGUUUUGCAGCAGCUCAUAGCCGAUGCGACUUCAGCGGGAAGCAGCUCAAGCACAGCCGAUAGCAGUGCGAGUAACUUGUCAACAGCGUCUCCGCAGUUGAUGGAGAGCGGGCUUGGAGCUGUAGCGAGAGCCAAAGGCGAGGCAUGGGUUAGGGAACAGCUUGAUGAUUUGGUGGCUGAAGGUUUGAUCCUGCCGCAGGUCUUCGGCUUGCAGUAA